CCGUCCGGAUCGCACCGGUCGCGGACCGCGCCGUGGGUGCUGCGCGCACGUUUGGUACCACUGGCCGCCUGUGUGGAGCGCGCAUCACCGACGGGGUCGGCGGCGGUGGUAGACGAACGACGAAUCGACCGGGCGGAUGUUUUUAACGCGGGCAUCCGCCGUAGCGACCCGGUCAAACCGGCCGCCGGAACGCGCGUUUUCCACUUGCCCCGCCCAACCGCACGACCGGGCCGAAACCGUCCACCACCGCAUCAGCACGUCAUUGUCCUAUUCCUAAAACGUUGGACCCUCCCGAGGAUCGGCGGCGGUCGUGUAUAUCCAGUGUUAUUAUUAUAUUGUUGUUGUUGUUAGAACAUUUUAUCGAUCGACGAGGCGCCCGUCCGGCGGAUACCGGUGCCCCGCACGUCACCGUUUCGCUCGGUUCGUACCGUACGGCGACGGACGACUUAGGACUGCAGUCAACAGUCGAACACGAGUCUAUGCGCACGCACGUUUACUGUGUCACUGUCUUUGCAUAUCAUUAUUGUCAUCAUCAUCGCCAUCGUCGUGGUCGUUAAUAAUUUACUUCACUGAGGUAGUCGUAAAACGUCAUCGAGUUUAUUGUAAUAUUGUAUAAUACUGCGAUACAACAACCGGUACAGGGUAUUAUUGGCCGUAAAAAUCCUCUACCUACAAUAAUAACCACUGGUCAAACGACAUAAUUAUGGUUUAUUUCACGGAAAAACUAAUAAAUGAAGUACAAAAGCGGUCGUGCAUAUGGGACGCGACUGACAUGAACCACCUCAACAAGUUAGUUCUGACCAGCAUGUGGAGAGAGAUCGCUGAAAACCUUUACUCGGAUUGGCACACACUUAGCGGUUACGAUAAACGUGGUAGAGUGUCCGAUGUCAAGAAAAAAUGGACAAACAUUAAAGACUCGUUCGUUAAAGACGUCAAGGGCAACAAACCGAGAAAAUCCCAGUGUCUGCCUGAACACCGGAAAAAGUACUAUCUGUACGAUCACUUACAAUUUCUAUUACCAUUCAUUCAAGACUCAAAUUCUGGCAGUGGCAGUGUACCAGUGCAGAGAAAGAAAGUACGUAAAAACACGCUUGGCGAGGGCUCGUCUCGGAACUUGCAACCGGCGGCUGUAGUGACGCCCUCAGUCGCCCCAGAAAUAAGUGAAAGAUCAGAAAUUCUGCAACCGGAUGUGCAACAGCAUGUCGACUUACUCAACAGCUUUGCGGGCGAGACAGCCGCAAGCGCGCUGUGUCAACUGGAUGGCGACUUAUCUUUCAUGGUGUCGUUGUUACCUACCAUCAAAUCGAUGAAUGAAAAGCAAAAGAUUAACUUUAAAAUCGGCAUUCUGCAGCUUGUGUCCCGGAUAAAAUUCGAUGAAUUGCCACAUCAUCCCUCGGGUGCUAUGUACCCAUUCACCUCGACGACUCCCGAUCUCGGAAGCUUUUCUGUGUCUAAUCAACCGGCAGUGAUGAUAGGCGUACCACCUCUGCAACCGUUCGUCAACCGUGCGACUGUGUCAUCUACACAGCAACAGCAGCAGCACCACCAACGCAACCAUAAACACCAUAUCGAGCACGAGUCGACGGUUAAACAAGAAGUGAUCGACUCGAGUCCAGGGAAAUCAUAUUGGCGUUCCGAUUGCGAGACCGAAGAUGAUAUGGACAGUUCUUGAUCAAAAUUAUAAUUAAAAACAUUCUAAAUCAUAGAUGUAUACAAAAAAUUAUUUAUUAUAUUUAAUUUAAGAUCUUUAACACAAAAGCACGAUUUGUUGAGUAAGCAUUAUUUUCUUUUUUAAAAUACAAUUUCCUACCAUUUGUUGCACAUUGUAUUGUAUAUUAUUAUAUUAUGUCUAUCAGUAUUGUGAAUUAAAAUGCAUUUUGUUUUAAUA